AUGGCGGCGGCCAAGGGGAAAAGUGUUGGUGGAACUCAAAGAAUUCUCCAAAAGCUUAACAAAACGAUCGAAGAUGGCGAAUAUUAUGAAGCUCAUCAGCUUAUAAGGACGCUGUACUUUAGGUUUGUUUACCUUAAUGUUUUUGUCAGUUUACUGGGUGAAAUAAAGUGCAAGUUCAUAGACGGUUUUUCCGGUGCCAACAUGUAAUGUAUACAUGAGUGGGAGGUUAAAUGUGCCAAUACCGAUCCGGUGAUACUAUUUUUGUAUCACGUUAGAUAACCGUUUAAAGUAGAUGUUAUUUAUCUCUUAACUUGAGUCGAUCAGGUUUUUCCUUAUCAUAAAUCGUAUUAAAAAUUCAUGUCAGCUGUUUUUGGACCACCAUCUGUACACGAUUACGUUGCACAUUUUAUCUUCGUAACAAGUUUCAGAUUGACAACAUUGCUGUCUUAUGUUUGCAGUUUUAGGUAUAAAACAAUCUUCUAAAACCAGUCUGGGCUCUAAACUGGCUGCUAGUCCUUUUAAUUAUCUAGAUCGAUUGGUUUAAUACUUUUUCAUGUCAACAAAGCCUGGAUUGAAAUGGAUCAGAUCAACUACUUAAACUCUGUAAAUGGCAAAAGGUUAGGGUUAGGGGUACAGGGGAUUGAUCUGAUUUGUUCUGAUCCAUACCAGGUUUUCUCAGUCGAGAUGCAAGGCAUAAUGCACCUGUCUGGAUACAAUUUAGAUGCUCCACAUGGCCACGUAAAUAAAGAAGCUGAAGAAUACGCCAUUUAUGAGCCAGCUUUUUGUUUCAUUUUCUCACUGUUUAUUUGUAGGUAUAUAUCUCAAAAAAGCUAUGAAGAUGCCAUAGAGAUUGUACAUAAUGGAGCAUGCUUAUUCCUUAAACACAAACAGGUAAUACCAGUAAUAACAAUAACAGAGUUUCAGGCUUCACUCAGUCAACAAUUCCACUAAGCAAGUGUUUGGAAGGACACAUGUCUGUCCUUUUUUUAAAAGCUUUAUCAAGUUCAUUAAUAAUAUAUGAGCAUAGGAAAGUAACCGAAAGUACAAAGCAGACUGGCUGUCGAAACUGUCUGUAAGCUAAGUCAGAGGUUAUAGGAAAGCCUGUUACGAUGCUAACAAUGUCAAGCAAACAGGGUAGGAUAGUCUGACCAUAACAUAAGAGCUAUGAACAAAACCAACUGAUCCACCCAUGUUGCCUACAGGUAAUUGCAGACUAUUGUCUUGAGUUUAAUCCUAACUCCCUUAAAUAUGAUUGAUUCCAUGCACUUAUGACUUCUACUCUUGUUUACCUCUAUAGAUAAUACAGAUACAGUGUACAGAUGUUACAAGUCAAAGUUAAAUUUCAGAAAAAAAAAUUUCACCUAAUUAUUCAUGAAUUAGGACUAGGCGACAAAGGAAGUCGAAAACCAGACUAGGUUAAGAAAUUUUAACCUGAAUUUAUUUUUGACCUGUGACAUGGAUGUAGAUGGUAUACUUGUGGAGUCUGCAUGGAUUUGUACCUUUCCUCAACUGUAACAAUAACACUAACAUUUGUGGCGGGAAGAGGGGGGGAAUUCGCCAGUCGUAAAAAAUAGGACAUGCACUUAUCCGUAUAAGCAACCGUUUGUUAAUAUUUAAAAAGGGAUCUGUCAUCUGAACUGUGGUUUCUUCAUUUUGAUUGCACUUCAGUCUGCAAAAAAUAUUUUAUUUUUUUAAUGAAAUAAAAUCUGUUUUUUGCUGUCUUUCAGGAUGGAAGUGGUAAUGAUCUAGCUUUGUUAAUGAUUGAGUGCUUUAGAACAGCACAUAUUCCUGUUGGAGACAGUGCGCUUGAGAAGAUUAGGAGUAUAUUUGAGCUUUAUGAACCAGGAUCUCUAAACAGAUAUGAAUUUAUUAGAGAAGCUAUAAAGUAAGUCAAAAGUAUUACUGUAUUAUGUUCAUUAAUUUUAGAUUGUGCCUUCUUCCAUUUAUGGAAUAAGUAAUGUCAGAGAAACUGCAGAGUCCAUCAUUAGUCAAAGAUUCCAUGUGAUAUGAUGAAGACCAUUAUAAAAUGUAAUUUUCCAUAAUAUAUAUGGCAAAUCAAACACAAACCAAAUGUACGUACUACAAAUUGUGCUCAUAAAAUCUCUGCUCAAACUCCAAAGGUAGAGUAAAAUUGUUAGCCUAAAUUUCAGCUGCCUCUUCAAGUAUAUCACUCCUGCUCUCUCUUAGGAGGAAGCAAAUCAAGGAGACCUUUGAAAUCCCAAGGGGCACUCAGUAAUUUUCAGGCAAGCUACCUGAAUGUUGUGGUUCAAAUUUUUUGGCUAAACAAAUUUUGAAGAACUUACUGGGUUUUCCUGUUGCUGAACAUGUUAUUAUGCUCUAGUUCACAGAAUUAAGAACUUGGGGGAAAAUAGGCAAUGGAAGUUCCUGAAGAUGAGCCUGGUUUUUUGGCUUGGCACCAGUCAUCCGCACGGCUUAAACUUCGACUUUCAUUUCCUCUAAACUGUGUGCAGAGUCGCGCGUGCACUGCAAAGUUAUUUUUCUAUUUUUUGUAUUUGUUGGCAUUUGCAAACCUUGCAAGAAUCUAAUGUACUUGUGCAUGUGACUCCAAUGAUGAAGGGCCAGGCCCGAAACGUUUGGAAAGAAACUCAAACUACAACGCGGCAAUUUUGUUCAUCAGUACUUUGUUCUGAAGAUUACUUACUUUCUAAAGUGCCGCACAGCUUAUCAUAAUUUUUUUUUCUGUUCUUUGUUUGAUUAUAUACUGUUAUAUUGCUACUUCGUUUAACAAUCUGUUUAGGUACUUCACACAAUGUAAUUCUGAACAGGAAUGAAAACUCUUCUUUUAUGCAUUUCUUAAAAACAUUAAUUUUGAUUUUAAUUUUCAGAUGGACAUCAGAUACAGACCAAUCCCUUAAAUAUGGCCAUCCUGAGUUACAUCUCCUUUGUGCACAUAGAUUUUGGAAGGGUUAGAUUUUUUUUUUACUUUUUUGACAGUAAUAAAUGAUCAAAUUAUUAACAACAACGUACAUUUAGCUUGCUAUUUUUGGAUGACUUCAUGCAUUUCAUUUCUUUUGAAAAUAAAAGUUAUUUCAUUUGCCCUUUUUUUUUGUUUAGUGGUUUCAUUUUAACUUGUUGCUGGUUUUCAUUGUUUCACAGAAAAGAACUUCAGUGAUUCACAGUAUCAUUUCCUGUUUACUUCUGAUGGACAGCAGUGUGCAGCCAUGCUGGUGGAAAAUGCUACAUCACGGGGAUUUCCAGGAGAAGCUGACUUAUUUGUCACUCAAGCAGUUUUACAGUACGUAAUAUUUAUAGUAAUAAUAAUGAUGAUAAUUAUUAUUAUUAAUGCUUAAUAUCGAUAAGUUUGUAAGCAAUUUGCAGGGGGAAAAAUAAUGUAUAAUUACUUGUAUUUUAAAUCUCAAUAAAAUUUGUUGGUGGUGUUUGUUUGUCUUGCUUGUCAACUGCAGAUCUGGUGCAUUAAUACAUGUUGACCAUGCCCCAUAAAAACCUAAAAAUAUUUUGUGAGAGCACAGCAAAACUAAAAUCUGACAUGUAGCUAUUGUGCACUUCUGUGCUGUUUAAAAGCAUUAAUAAUGAUAUUAAUUUGCUUCCACAAAUUUCACUUUCCAAACAUGUGUAAACAGUUGUUCAACAAUGCAAUGACAACACUUAAUGAGAUGAAAUAUCCCUUACCUUUUCAGGUUUCUUUGUUUACAAAACAUCAUUACAGCCAAUGUUGUGUUUUUCAAGUACACAGCUCAGCAUCCAGACUUCUCUGGACUUGGACCUCCUUAUCAAAAACCUCUUCUUAAUUUUGUUUGGUUCCUGCUUCUAGUCAUAGAGAGGUUUGUGCUUCUGUUAGUAGGGUCAUAGUUUUUAAUCCACAAGGUCUAAAGAUAGAUUCUUUUUUGUCCUUAUAAGAAUGCAGCUUCUGUAAGAAUGUCAUUGAUUAGUGUGACUUUUUCUUCUGUAUAAGUUUCAUUUUCAUAAAAAAAAAUUGAAUGAAAGCAAAACUUUGCUGCCUAAAAAUGAAUGUUUGUUUGUCUGCAUAACCCAUGCUGCCUACUAAAGUUGAUCAAAGUUAGAGUUACAAGUGUAUUUUUUUUACAGGAAAGGCAGUUUAAGUCAGUUCACAGUGUUGUGUGAAAAAUAUCAACCAUCCAUUGAAAGGGAUCCAGUAUAUAAAGAGGUAUGGAGGGUUUGCUUUUUUUCUCUUUCAAACACUCAAUUGGCAUGUAACACUAUCACGAUUUUUUGAAGUAGUAUGUAGGGAAGAGGGUACUCAUUAUAUAGCAUUUAGGGUGAAAAUGUUGACAUGGACCCCUCCCCUCUUGUCCCCUCCCCCACCCCACCGCUUAAAAUGUUAUGUCACCUAGUGGUUCUGAUGUAGUUUUUCCAUGGACUGUUAUUUUUAAUAGUCAAAGCAAUCCUUAAUGAUUCAACAUGAAUCCCAGUCUGUAAAUAACCACCCUUUCAUGGUACUUUGUAUUGCAGUAUCUAGAUAAGAUUGGACAGCUGUUCUUUGGUGUUCCUCCAAAGCCAUCCAACAAAGGAAUGAUGGGGGGCAUUUUAGGUGAGCCUUUCAAGUAUUUAAAAGUAGAAUAACCCUACCAGCAUUGACAGCAAUAUCAAAAAUACUGGUACAACUCCAUUUUUGAGAAACAGCUUUAGUGUAAAUUGAAUUGGGUCGAAAAGAAGACUAAAAAGGCUUUAGAUUGGUAUAUGUUUUGGCAGGUUAUUAUGAGGAGAGGAUCCAGGAUUUUCAGUUUUAUUUUCCCUAGCAAUUCCCAAAUGGCUAAAACCUUAUGCUAUGAACUUGUCAUUCUUCUUUUCUUGCAGGUGAUUUGAUGCAGACUUUGAUGGGCGGGGAUGAUGGCAAUGGUGCAUCAGCAUCACAGUCAACCGUUAUUGAAUCUGAAGAAGUGGACUAGUAAUAACACCUAUAACUAAAUUAUCUUUUACAAUGUAUGCCAUGGACAGUUGACAAAGGCCUGCCCUGCAGCUGUUGAACACACGAGAUACUAGCUUGUCAUAAAGAUUUUAAACUCAAGUUAUCUGGAGAACUGACGCAAUUAUUUGUCAACUCAGCUGUUGCCAUUUUAGGCAUCUCAGCUUGUUUCGCACAGAAGAAGCUCGUAAGAGGAGAUCCCUGUUAUAGCAUAGUUCCAUGACACUGGUAAAACACACAGCUACAGUGUAAUUAUUGGUCCCCAGUGGUAGCACCCAGGCUUUGAGUCAGGAAUCACAAAUGAGGUGCUUUUUCAUGCAUUCUCAGCCAGUAAUUGGCUCUCUUAUACAGUGAAACCUGUACUUAGCCCAGAUAUGCAUGGGACCUUCCCUUGUUGUGGACGUCUACCUAAUACCAGUUGGAUUGACAGGAAAUGUGGAAAGAAAAUUCUAGACUUACUGAUGUUUGUGUCUCCUCAAGAUAGGAAGUCUGCGCAACAUAGGAUUCACAGUCAUGCCGUUGGUACCACUAAGUUCACUAGAGAGACAGUUGUCUCACAUCAUUGUCGCCUCACUUUGUUUUUUAAAUCUCAUGUCAAGGCUGUUGUGAACAUUUAGACUUCAUGUUAAGUGCAGUUGUCUCUUUGUUUGCUCUUUAUGCUUAAGAUUGUGAAAGCUAUUGGUAGGAGGCCAGUGCAUCCUUCCACAGUAAUAUUUUAUAUCACAGACUUCUAGACUUCUCUCUUCCUUCUGCAUCUCUCUUUCCUUAAGCUGGCAUUUUCAUGGUCUGCCCUUGCAUAUUUUUCAAGCCCUUAUAUAAACAUUAGGGAGUACUUUAAAGUCUAUCCUCAGCCUGCAGUGCAAAGAGAGGACUUAUUAUUUCUGGCAUCAUGUUCCUUUUGGAAGGUUGAGGAGAUUUGAAAAUCCAACCAUCAGGGCAGGCAUGAGAAUAUACAGCUGUUCUUUAACCUGUCGCCCUCAUCCUCCUCCUUCCCCUCCCUUUCUGCCCCCUUUGAGUCGUUCACCACAACCUGUGUGAAUUCUCAUGUCUCUUUUCACCCCCGAAAGCUCCUGACUGCUGCGUAAAAUUUUCAUGGUAUUCCUAAUCCUAGAAUAGCCUUGUAUCCCAUCCAGGGCACGUAAUAAUGCUCCUACUUGCUUCAAAUAACUAUAGUCCUUCUUUCUUUGAUUACUUUGUACCCCCAGCCUUCCCACUCAUGCAAAGAUACUUGCAGUGAUAUGAUUCAACUAAUCUGUUAUUUUCGGAAUUUCUAAGGCUGUGAUGUAGCAAAAAUUAUGGGGAGUCCAAAGUUUUGAACCUAUGAAAUCUAGUUACCCCGUAGGAAGUCGCCCACAGGGGCCUUCAGUAAUAGUUAGAGCACAGCCUUUACUUCUUCCAAAACUAAAAAAGCUUUUGAGCAAGCCCUUGAUUUGCUUUGUUCUUUAUUUCUGGAUCAAAACUGUUAGGUUUCUUUUAAUUGUUAACCUUAACCUUUUAAGUCCCAAUAUUGACAUGCAAAUUCUCCAGACUGAUCUCCAUAUAUUUCUUAUAAAAUUAGUGGAGAGAAUUUGUUAUAUGACCAAAGUACUUUCCCUUUAGUGAUCACUUUGUUUAUUCUCAUAACCUUUUCUUUUGAGUAUCCAUUAAUGUUAGUAAGAGAAACUCUGGAUCAUUAUACAUUUCUAGGGAAACUGCCCACCUACCCCUCCCCUAAGGCAACAAUAACACUUACUUUUCACUUAGAGCAAAAUGUUGGUUCAGGGGAGGGGUAGGUGGGUAGUUUGAAACUCUUUGGACUUCAAGUGUUACAAAGGACAGUGCUGCGCCUCAAAGCCCUGAACUGUUCUCCUUACACUUCUUGUCUUGUUAAGGAUAUUUAAUUAGAAAUUGAUUAAGACUGUUUGACUUGCUGAUCAUUUUCUUUGUUCUCUUUUCUCUUAUGUUGGAAAAAAAGCGGUAAUUUCUUAAUGAGAAAUCCGAUAUUUGCCACUGUUAGGGCUUUAAGGUUAAGCCCUGCAGCAUUCAUUACCUAUUAGUGGAAUUAAACUGGGUUUUUAAUAUUUCAAAAAGACUACGGAUAUUUUUCUCUCAAAACUGAUGUUUACUUGUCCCUCUAUAGUUAAUGCGUGGGUCGCGUGGUGUUGUGGGAAGGUAAUCUCAUACCCAUAUUUCCCUAGUGUCCGUCUGUUGGUUCCUGACCGUGGGAGAUCUGGAUACUAGAUUACCCAAAAGUUUUUCUUCCCUAGCUACCGCCCCAUGUGGAAAAGAAAGGAUGUUCAGUAUACUAUUUGCCUAAAAGACUAGAUAGUCGCUUUUCAAUUUCCCUCAAAGUUACGGUGAAAGAAAAGCCAUUGCUGUAAUUUUAGCGUACAAGCAGGCUCUCCAUUUGAGGGAGUCGCGAGAAGUCAGGCGAGAGCAGCACGCAAAAAAAAGAUGCGAGUUCGUUUUCUCGCAGGUUGCUUCGCUCGCCAUAAAUGGAGAGCUUGCUCGCAGGCUACUGUAACCUGUGCGGUAUCGCUUUUGGGGUGACAGGAGAAAAUACAGAGAUAAGUCAUAUUUUGAAAAGAAAAAUGUAAAUAAAUCAUUCUUUGAUAAUUUAAUUAAAAGGAG